CCAGCCAAACAGACCAUGCCCAUGCCCGUCCCUGACCUGGAGGUCCAGUACACUAAGAUAUUCAUUGAUAACGAGUGGCAUGAGUCCUGCAGCGGACGGAAAAUGCCAGUUCACAACCCUGCCACUGGAGACCUGCUGUGUGAGGUAGAGGAGGCAGACACCGAGGAUGUGGACAAGGCGGUCCAGAGUGCUAGGGCAGCCUUCCAGCUGGGGUCUCCAUGGCGAUGCAUGGACGCGUCCGACAGAGGGCUGCUGCUCAACAGGCUGGCAGACCUGGUGGAGAGGGAUCGCCUCCGACUGGCUACAUUGGAGGCUCUUGACUCAGGGAAGAUCUUCCUCAUGGCGUACUUUGUGGAUCUGAUGGCCACUGUUAAAACCCUGCGUUAUUAUGGAGGAUGGGCUGACAAGAUACAAGGCAAAACCAUUCCUGUGGAUGGAGAGUAUUUCACCUACACACGACACGAGCCCAUAGGGGUGUGUGGACAAAUCAUUCCAUGGAAUUUCCCUGUGAUGAUGUUUGCCUGGAAGAUCGCUCCAGCUCUGUGCUGUGGAAACACUGUAAUCAUCAAACCAGCUGAACAGACACCACUAACAGCCCUGCACAUGGCCUGCCUUAUCAAAGAGGCUGGUUUUCCUCCGGGCGUGGUGAACGUGCUGCCAGGAUACGGUCCAACAGCAGGCAGUGCCAUUGCUCAUCAUAUGGACAUUGACAAAAUAGCAUUCACUGGAUCAACUGCUGUAGGGAAACUCAUCCAGAAGGCUGCUGGUGACAGCAACCUGAAACGUGUCACUCUGGAGCUGGGCGGCAAGAACCCCAAUAUUGUCUUCGCAGACUGUGACUUGGAGUAUGCGGUGGAGCAGGCCCACAGUGGUCUCUUCUUCAACCAGGGCCAGUGCUGUCUGGCUGGCUCCAGGGUGUUUGUGGAGGACUCUAUCUAUGAGGAGUUUGUUUGUCGCAGCGCGGAAAAGGCCCGUAACAAGGUCCUGGGAAACCCACUGGUACCAGGAGUGGACCAGGGACCACAGAUAGAUCAGAAGCAGUUUGAUAAGAUCCUGGAGCUAAUCGAGAGUGGGAAGAAGGAAGGGGCCACACUGGAGUGUGGGGGGGGGCCCUGGGACCGGAACAGCCUCUUCAUCCAACCCACUGUCUUCUCUAAUGUCACUGACGACAUGCGUAUUGCCAAAGAAGAGAUCUUCGGACCGGUGCAGCAGAUCAUGCGUUUCCGCAGCGUGAAUGAGGUAAUUCAGAGGGCCAACGCCACCCAUUAUGGCCUGGCUGCCGGAGUUUUCACCAAUGACAUCGACAAAGCCCUCACCGUGUCCUCAGCUUUACAGGCCGGCAUGGUGUGGGUGAACUGCUACAAUGCCAUGAGUACCCAAUGUCCCUUCGGAGGGUUUAAAAUGUCCGGGAAUGGGAGGGAACUAGGGGAGUAUGCCCUCCAGGAGUACACAGAGGUCAAGGCUGUAACUAUCAAAAUCUCACAGAAGAACUCCUAA